UGACAGGAGGGAUCUGCUCACUCACUCCCUGCUCUGCAUUCACCGCUUCCACAGCGCGGACCUGCUGCUUUCACAGAAAGUUAAAGGCCACCUCUGAAAGCAGGGGUUUUGACCGGUUGUCCAGCUGCAUCACGACAAGCUCAUUAAAGACGACCAACGGUGUGGCGAGAGAAAGGCAGGCAGUUAGUGCAGAAGCAGGCACCAUGUCCACCCCCACAAACCCAGAGGUGAAGGAACUGAACCCUGUCGACUUUAUCCAGCUACAGCAGUACAUUGAAUACUGCAGUUUGAAGGUGAAAGACGUGCUGAGGGAAUUUGAUGCAGAUGGCCGUCUGGCCCGGCACAGACAUGGAGAGUGCAUCAAUGAAGAAGGCUUUCGUCUGUUCUUGAAGACAUAUUUAGAAGUGGAGGACUUCCCUGUGGAUCUCUGCCAGCGACUCUUCCGCUCCUUCCAAAACUCUGAACCCACCCAGGAAGACAGUGCCAAGGAAGUCUUUCUGAAGGAUGUUUCAUGCUACUUCUCUCUGCUGGAGGAUGGGCAGCCCAGGGACAAGUUGGAGUUCGCUUUCAAGCUCUAUGACAGAGAUGGCAAUGGAGUCCUCGACAGCUCUGAAGUGGAUAGGAUUAUUGCUCAGAUGAUGCAUGCUGCAGAAUACCUCGGAUGGGAUGUGUCAGAGCUGAGGCCGGUUCUGAAGGACAUGAUGACAGCAAUAGAUGCUGACAGCAGCGGCACGGUGUCUCUGGAGGAGUGGGUGGAGGGAGGCAUGAACAACGUUCCCUUGCUUGUCUUGCUGGGUUUGAAGAUGACCCAGAAAGACGGGCAGCACCUUUGGAGGAUGAAACAUUUCAACAAGCCUGUUUACUGCAACGUAUGCCAGAGCUUGCUGCUGGGUCUGAGGAAGCAAGGACUAUGCUGCACCUGUUGCAAAUACACAGUCCACGGCCGCUGUGCUAACAGGAACCCUGCCCCCUGCACCAGGACGUAUGUGAUGUCGAAGAAGGAAACAGGGAUUCCAGCGCACGACUGGGUGAGUGGGAACUGUGACUCUAGGAAGUGUGAAAAAUGCCAGAAGAAGAUCAAGAGCUAUCAAGGCUUAACUGGGAAACACUGUGUAUGGUGCCACACGAUGCGUCAUGAUGAAUGUGCUGACCAAGAGCCAACAGAGUGUACCUGUGGGCCGCUCAGAGACCAUAUCCUGCCUCCAUGGGCAAUAUAUCCUGUUAUAAAGGAGAGACCAAACAAUGUAAAGAAUGGCUGCUCAGGCUCAACGGAUGACAGCGAGCUCAAUACUACUCCUGAUGGACAAGUGCUUCAGAUCAGCCCUGUGCCAAACACCCAUCCUCUUCUAGUGUUUGUCAACCCUAAGAGUGGUGGCAAGCAGGGAGAAAGAGUCCUGCAUAAAUUUCAGUAUUUACUGAAUCCACGGCAGGUAAACAACCUUUCAAAUGGUGGACCUGGACCAGGAUUGAGUUUCUUCAGGAACCUGCAGGAUUACAGGAUCUUGGUGUGCGGGGGAGACGGCACAGUUGGCUGGAUUCUAGACGCAAUAGACAAAGCCAAUCUGGUGGUACGGCCACCUGUCGCUGUGCUUCCCCUGGGCACAGGAAAUGACCUUGCGCGAUGCCUGCGAUGGGGAGGAGGAUAUGAUGGUGAGGAUCUGAGUCGUAUUCUUAAAGACAUCGAGGGCAGCUCUGAGGUGCUGAUGGACCGCUGGAGUGUGCAGGUCAUCACAGAUGAGAAUCAGGAGAAAGGCGACCCGGUGCCCUAUGAAAUCAUCAACAACUACUUCUCUAUUGGAGUUGAUGCCUCCAUUGCCCACCGGUUUCACACAAUGAGGGAGAAACAUCCCCAGAAAUUCAACAGCAGAAUGAAGAACAAGCUGUGGUAUUUUGAAUUCGCUACUUCAGAAACCAUCUCUGCUUCCUGCAAGAAACUGAGCGAAAGUCUAACAAUCGAGUGCGCUGGUAGUCCACUGGAUCUCAGCAACCUGUCUCUAGAAGGGGUCGCUGUCCUAAACAUUCCCAGCAUGCACGGUGGCUCCAAUCUGUGGGGUGAGACCAAAAAAGGGGACACAAAGGGACAGACAAGUCAGGAAGAGCCUGAGGUGAUCGUCGACCCAGAAAUCCUGAAAGUGACCUCCCAAGAUCUCAGUGAUCGUCGAUUAGAGGUGGUUGGCCUAGAGGGAGCCAUGGAGAUGGGACAGAUAUACACGGGUCUGAAGAGUGCUGUGAGGCUGGCGAAAACGUCACAGAUCACCAUCAGGACGAAGAAAGCAUUACCGAUGCAGAUAGACGGAGAGCCGUGGAUGCAGCCUCCCUGCACAAUUCACAUCACACACAAGAAUCAGGCCAGAAUGUUGAUGGCUCCUCAGGCCAAAUCAUCUGGCUUUUUCACCUACAAAUGAAACUAUUCAGACGCAGCAGCCCAAUCCUUGUAAAUAGAGGACUGACACUUUUUUUAUAUGUAUACCAUCAGUUUGAAUGUGUAUGUUGUAGAAUAAUCGCAUCGUGAAGGUCAGAGUUAGGAUAACUGCAUCUCUGUAACACAUAACCGAAGCAUGGCACUGUAUGAAUACAACUGUGUGGUAAGAUAUGUUUGCAUCGUGGCAAAACGAUUUUGACCAAAUGUACUUGGUGUUUAUAUCAAUACUCAACUCUCUCGCUGCCUCUGUCUCAGUGCUUCACAGUUAGUAGAAAUGCUGUUCUGUAGGAACUUAAACAUUUAAAGUAAAGUGAAUAUCACGCUAAAAGAUGAAUACUCAGCUCCAUGUGCCUUUACGAUUUGUCCUCUAUGGUUAUGGCUUCGGUAGGAGACUUACAGAGCUCUGUGUAGAUGUGCACUUUGGACUUAAACCAUGUAGUAUUGCUGUUUUCGUUGUGGCUGUAAAGAUGCUGUGGACGCCAGAUAAAUGUUGUUGUCAAUUUGGAACCAAAAGCGAAGGUUAGAUGAGAUUACAUUUCAGAUUGUUUCACAUUUAACAUUUCAGAUGAUACUUGAAAGUGUUGUGGGGAACAGUAACGGACAAUCAUUGCCAGAAGGGCUGCAUGUUGAUCUGCUGCAGCAGUAAGCCCACUCUACUGUUCCUGUGUGUGUGUGUGUGUGUGUGUGUGUGUGUGUGUGUGUGUGUGUGUGUGUGUGUGUGUGAGGACAGACAGCUGAGAUGUGCUCACUUCUAACUUAUAAAUUGCGACGAGUUGGAUUUGAAAUUAUUGGUUCAGACCAAUUUAAAUAUGUGUAGUUCUUAUUUAAAUGCUUUAACUGUCAUAUCAUUUCAAUAUAUCUGGAAUAUGUUUAUGUAAUAUGCCUGAAAUAACACACUGUGUAAAGAUUUUAAUAAAUCAUCUGAACUUCA